UCAGUUCUUUCAUCAAGCAGCUGCCAUUUGCUCUUUCAGUACUCUUGUGUUUACCAAACAAAUUUCCAUUUCCAACUUCCAACAAUGGCUUGGGCUCUUGUAUCUGCUAUCAAGGACCAGCUUAGUUCUUUCAUUGCUUCAGAGUUCUUGUCAAUUGCAAAUUUCAAGGGAGAAGUCCAGAAGCUUGAAAGCAAAUUCCACACCAUCCAGGCAAUGCUCAACGAUGCAGAGAAACGGCAAGUGAAGGAGGAAGCUGUGAAGCUUUGGUUAGAUAAGCUCAAAGACGUAUCCUACCAUAUGGACGACGUGUUGGAUGAGUGGAACACUGCCAUGAUCAAAGCAGAGAUUGAGAAACAACAAAAAGAUGAUGCAGAAAAAGCUGAAACUAGCAGUGCUGCUAAGAAAAGGAAGGUAUGGCCCCUCAUCUCAGUUCCUACUCUUUUGCAGCAUCGUGAUAUUGCUCAUAAGAUAAAAGAACUUAAUGAAAAAUUAGAUGAGAUUGACAGAGAGGGAGAGGUGUACACGUUUGCAUUGACUAGGGGCAAUGAAGAAGUUGAGAGACCAAGAACAACUUCCUUUGUUGAUGUGUCUGAAAUUCUUGGUCGUGAUAAAGUUAGGGAUGAUCUAGUGAGCAUCCUAUUGGGCAAGGGUAGUGAAGAAGUAAGAAACCCCCAUGUCAUCUCUUUAGUGGGCAUGGGUGGUAUUGGAAAAACUACUCUUGCCCAACUAGCCUAUAAUGAUGAUGAGGUGAAGGCACAUUUUGAGAUAAAAGUGUGGGUUUGUGUUUCUGACCCUUUCAAUCAAGGCAAGGUUGCCAAGGAAAUUUUUGAAUCUAUUAAAUUUCAAUCCCCCAACAUUACUACUUUGCACAGUGAAACAAAAAUCUUUGAAUCUAUUGAAUCUCAAUCCCCCAACAUGACUGCAUUGCAAACUCUAUUGGAAGCAAUUUGUAAAGAAGUUGAGGGAAAGAAGUUCUUUCUUGUCUUAGAUGAUGUGUGGACUGAAGGCUCCACAAUGUGGGAGCCAUUUAGACUUGCACUCAAAUAUGCUGCCCAAGGCAGUAGAAUUCUAGUCACCACACGUAAAAGUAGAGUCGCGGAGAUGAUGGGAAGUGUGAGCAUAAUUAAUUUGGAGGUAUUGUCUAAAGAAGAUUGUUGGUUGGUGUUUAGUAAAAUAGCAUUUUUUGAUAGGGAUCCUAAGCAACGUGAGCAACUAGAAGACCUCGGCACGCAAAUAGUAGAAAAAUGCAAAGGUUUGCCACUUGCCGCUAAGACUCUAGGGAGUCUCAUGCAGUUCAAGAGAAGUAGAGAAGAAUGGAAGAGUAUUUUGGAUAACAAUUUUUGGGAAUUUGAAGAUGUGGAAAGAAGUCUUUAUGCACCAUUAUUAUUGAGUUAUUAUGAUUUAUCCUCACCAUUGAGACGGUGCUUCUCAUUUUGUGCUGUUUUUCCCAAAGAUUAUGUCUUUUCUAGCGAUGAAUUGGUAUUUAUGUGGAUGUCACAAGGAUAUAUCAAGCCGAAGGCAAAUAUGGAGAUAGAAAUCAUUGCUAGAGAGUACUUUGAAAAUUUAGCUAUACGAUCUUUCUUCCAAGAUUUUGAGAAAGAUGAAGAUGAUGACCAAAUAAUAAGGUGCAAAAUGCAUGACAUAGUGCAUGACUUUGCACAAUUAAUAUCAAAAAAUGAAUGCUUCACAAUCAAUAGUGACAUGGACUUGGGAGUAGAUUAUAAAAAUGCCCGUCAUCUGUGGUUAAAAAUUCCCAAAGAUAUCCAAUUUCUUGAGUCCAUUUGUAGUGCAAAAAAUUUACACACCCUCAUUUUUGUACUUGAAGGUGGUUAUAACUUAUUUACUUUAUCCCAGCAUUUUAGAUGUUUACGGGUAUUAACUUUGUAUUGUGGAUAUCAUAGUAUGUUAAUGGGACUUCCAGAUGCAGUGGGAAAUUUCAUACAUUUGAGGUAUCUCUAUUUAGUCAAUUAUUAUGGAGAUGCAUUGCCUGAAACCAUUUGUAAUCUUUGCAAUUUACAAAUUUUGCAUAUUAAAUUUGCUGGUGGGUUACUAAAAUUGCCACAAGGGAUGGAUAAAUUAAUUAACCUAAGACAUUUUAAGUUGGAUUGCAAAACCUAUAGGGAUCCAAAUAUAAAUUUUCCAAGAGGGUUUGGGAGAUUGACUUCUCUUAGAACAUUAAAGUAUUUCCACAUAAAUGGUGAGGAUGAUAGAUGUAAAUUGGGAGAAUUAAGAAAUUUGAACCACCUUAAAGGGACUCUUCAAAUAAAUGGGUUGGAGAACGUGGUAGAUCAAUGUGAGGCCACAAAUGCACAACUGAAGAAGAAGAUAAAUCUUCGUACUUUGAAGCUAUUGUUUCACCCAAACAAAUGGGAUUUUGAGGAAAUAACAAGGGGGAUGGAUGCAUUAGUUCUGAAUGCCUUAGAGCCACCUCCUAACUUGGAAGAUUUAAGCAUUCGUUACUACAAGGGACCGACAAUGUCUCCUUGGAUGGUGUCCUUGACCAAUUUGAAAAACCUUAAUUUUGAGUAUUUAUUUAUAGAGCAUUUUCCUCCUCUGGGGAAACUUCCGGUCCUCGAAUCAUUGAGAAUAGAGAGGAUUAAUAGAUUGAAAAAGUUAGGGGUUGAAUUUAUGGGAAUAGAAGAAUCUGAAAAGAAGGAGAAAGACGAUAUAUCAAUAACGCUAUUCCCAAAUUUGAUAUUUCUCGAAAUUUAUGAAUUAAUAGAGUGGGAAGAAUGGAAUGGGAUUGGAGGAGAAGAAGAAGAAGAAGAAGACUGUACCAGAAGAUUUGCUAUAAUGCCACGUCUUCAACAUUUGAGUAUCAGGAGUUGCCCAAAGUUAAAGUCGCUACCGAACUUCCUUCGUACAACUCCAUUACAGCAUUUGGAGAUCCAAAACUGUCAAAUUCUGGAGGAACGCUACAAAAGAGGGACAAGAGAGGAAUGGCCCAAGAUUUCCCACAUCCCUAACAUCAUGAUCGGUUACAAGUAUGUGCAAAGAGACGGUCGAGAGUAUAAAAUUGAUUCAUAUCUCAAGACUAAUUUGAAAUAACUCAUGAUUUACUGAGAGAAGGCUCAAAAAAUAAGACGAAGAAAAAUUCCUAUCAAAGAAUUUUUGGAUGAAAGAUGAUUUGUCAGUGUGGGCAAAGUUCUUUCUUGGCUUGAUUCAGAGAUGCAAGUCUAAUCCAGUCAUGGAUGCAAUGCAUAUUCGGGUUGCAGUUUUCUAGUUCCCCAAUGUGUCAAUGGUUGAAAGGUGCUAGUCUCUUCACAAUCAUUGUUGUUGUGAGUUUAUUCAAUUUUACAAUGUUCAUAAAUUUAGCUACAAGUUCAGAUUUUUGGAUGAUGAUGGUGAGAAAUUAUUUGUGAUCGUGCAUGUGUCAGCAAAGUUUGACAACGGCUUGAUUCGGCAUUGCAAUUCUGAUCCAGUCAUGGUGUGAAGUACAGGACGCUUGUUACUAGUAGGAAAGAAGAAGAAACUACAUAUACCUUGGCUUUGUUAAUUGGAUCAUUUACUCCUCUACUGUGAGGGAUGUACAUUUGUCAUGAAUCAAAUUUUCAUGCAAGGAUGCCCAUUUGAGAAAGGGCCACAAAAGCAGGUCCUUUAUCAUUUUAUAAUGGAAGCAAGGAUGUGCAUCAUGGAACAUAUCAUGUGCAAUCCAUAUUAUAUGGAGGUAGAUGGAAGGUGAGCUAGUGUUAUACGUUUAGGAGAUUAAUGAAUGCAAAAGCAUGUGGAUUUCAUGUCUUAGUGAUUGAAGAGUUUCGUGUCAUGGAAGAGGGGGAAGAGUGCAAUGUUACCACCAAGAAUGGAGGGGAUGAGAUGAUAAAUUCUUGCUUUUCUUUUUACCAUUGCUAGACGCCCAAUUUGGAAUGACAUUCAAAAAUGGAAAUACCUGAAUUAGUCACCAAUAUGAGCAAGGAAAAAAGAAGAAGAAGAAGGCAAUGAAGCCAUAUUACUAUUGUUUGCUCUAUGCAAUUCAAUUUUGAUUCACCUAUAGGCAUGGAAGAAUGCAAAGUUGGGGAAGCAACCAGCAGUAGAUAUGAAGAUAUUACAUAUACUUUGGAUCAAGUAACAAUCACAGAACAACAUUCUUGGUAGUAAAUCAAAUUCUUUAUUGGUUUGUUGCAACUUCUUUGCUUUCUUAUUUCCAUCUGUCUCACUCAAGGAGUUUCCUCCACAGUUUGGUAUAUUUCCUUCAAGAUGUAGGAAACCAUAUCAAGAGUACAAGUCUGAUUUAUUUGGCCUGUGGCUAAAAUCUAAAAUGAAGAUAUUGCUUAAACAAAAAAUUUGCUUCCUUACAUCAAUGCAAGAUUAUUUCUGAUGGACAAGGAAGAUAAGAUCAAUCUCAAAGAAGAAAUCUCAUCAAGGACGUCAAGAAUUCAGUUGAGGAAGGAAAUGAACAUGAUCUUGACACCACCACUCACAAAGGAAAUCGAGGAAGAUGAUGCCUCCCAAAUAUAUUAUAUGAUCACAGAAGAAGCUCAUUCAUCUAGUGGCCAGCGAGUAUUUGAAGUUAUAAGCAUGGAGAAUGGUGUAGUGCGCUACUGUGUUGAGUUUUACAGUGAUGAAGAUCUUUUGACCUCAGAUUUCAUAUAUUGAGGCCUUAAUGUCAUCUAUUUUCUCCUCAACAUCACGGUUAUUAUGUUAAAGAUAUCAAAUUAUAGUAUUUAGGGAAGUAUAUUUUGUGCUCAAGCAAAUUCUCACGCAUGGAUACACUUUCGAGAAAGGCCUACAGAAGAAACUCCUUCAGUUCAUUGUGGCAAUAAAGCUUGCCUAUUGUAUGACACAUGAAAGGUUAGGUUUAAAAGUUUGAAUCUAGAUGCAAGUAGACUUCUUGACUUAGUGAUGUGUUUCUAGUCAAUGAAGAUGGCGACAAUUUGAUAAGUACUUCCUAUUUGUUGCAAUCCGUAGUUGCCCAUUGUGAAAAGGACACCAUAAAGACUGGAGAGGAGAAGAUAGGACGAGUCCAAAAAUUACUGAUGUAGGCACUUAAAUGUUAAUUCUUCUAUAGGGAUUUUUGUGAAAAGCUGUGUUAUGACUUCAAAGAUGCUGGUAAUACUACAAGUCAGACCUUGGUGCAAUGGAAAGUGUACUCUGCUUAAACAAUGUGUGGCUGGGGUGAAAGCAGGAGCCUUGUGCAUUGGUGACAACAAUUCUAUGAAGAUUGAAGUAUUUGUUACAUGGAAGUGCAUGAAGAACACAAGUUUUCCAUAAGACAAGAAGAAGCGAUAAAAUACCUUGGCUUUGUUAGCAGGCUUUGACUUAGAUUUUCUUCUUGACCACUUACAUGGGGUAGCCCGGUUGAUGUUCAGUGAAAGGGCUAAAGCUAUGCUUGUGGCUUUGGAGGUUAGGAUUGCUGACUUGAAGAAGCUGUUGGGGUGCUGGAGUGAAAUAUUUCGUUACAUGGAAGUGUGUGAAGUACAUGAGGUGACCAUAAGACAAGAAGAAGCGACAAAUUACCUUGGCUUUGUUAGUUGGAUUAAUCUUCUACUAUUUCGGGAAGUACAUUUUGUGAUGGAGCUAAUUGUCACUCAUGGAUGCACAAUUUAGAGAGCACUACAGAAGAAACUUCUUUAUCAAAUUUUUUUCGGGGGCUGGCAAUGGCCAUGAUCACCUGCCCUUUAUCUGAAGUCCAACCAUGGCUGACCAACGGAUGCACAUAGACUCAGUUAGACUUCAACCAAUUGGCUUAAUUCAAAACUCUGGUCCAUAAGGUAAUCACAGCUUGCUUAAAAGGGAAUUGUUAUAUUAAUGACUGAAAUUUUAUUCUAUGGCACCAUGAUUGGGAGAGCAUGAGAUGUUAGUGGCACCUUUGAUACCGUCUACAGCAUUCAGGAUCCAGUAAUCUACUAAAAAGACCUCCCCUGCCAUUAUUAACUUUAAGAGUUAACCAUAACUGCCUCUACCUUGGAAACUGCUCCAAUAUAUCUGUUUGAUAAUUGAUAAUUUUCACAUAGCUCAAGAGCGGCUUUUGUGGUUUACAAGAUAUUGCAAUUUGAUUUACCAUUUUUAUUAGCUUUUUGUGUUAUGGAGUUAAAAUUGGAGUUUUUUUAGUUCCCUAAUUUUGAAAGGACUGAACUGUGUAAUAUCAAGAAGUUGCUACAAAAUUAUAAUUUAUACAUUUGAAAUUUGAAAUUUGUGUUAAAAAGAGUACUCUUUCUCUAUAGGAAAUUUGCAGUAUACACGAGCUUUUGUGGCUGAACCUCCAAAAAUCACUGACAAUGUCAUAUCUAGCUCAUCUUCUAGUGUAAUCUCUGAUUAAAUCUCAAAACAAUCUUCAUCUAUUUGUUGCUCAUGAUUCAGAUCAUAGACAAAGCCUUUUAGAUUUAACAUAUACCGUACCGAGAAAUUAUUUACAUCUGAUAAGGAAGAUCAAUCCCAAAGAGAAAACCCCAUCAGGAAGGUCAAGGAUUUAGCUGCAGAACAAAAUGAGCAUGAGCUCUAUGCAUUCACUCCCAAAGGAAAGUGAGGAAGAUAAAGCCACUCAAAAUAUCAUAUAUGCCCUAAAUCCCUGCCACUAGGAAAAAGUUAGUCACUUUACAAGAGACCUUGGAGGAUGGAGAAACUAUGUUCAGCAAGAACUUGGGGAUGCGAGCAUGGAUUUUGAACUGCCAAAGGAAAUCAAAGAUGAAGCUCACUAAGCUAGUAGCCAGCCAAUGUUUAAAGUUCUAAGCAUGGAGAAUGUUGGUCUGCUACAGCCAAUAUUGUUCAUUGUGGCCUCAUGUACUUUAUUUUUUCCUCAUCAUCAGGCUUACGUGGAAGGUUUGCAUCAGUAGUGUCUUGUGGCCUAGUGAAUACCAAUUUCUGUUUUCCACUGCUACAAUUCAAGUUCUAUUUUUGGUCCACUGUCCAUGGAUUUGAUUCUAAAACAGUUCAAAAGAUUCAUUAUAAUUUGCAUAGAAUUGAUAAUCAACAUAGUGGCAUGAUCAUUUUUAACUUGUUAGUUAAUUUCCUACUGGUGAAAUGCUUGUUUGGAAGCUGCCAAUGUGGUACCAUUUGUUUAACAUUAUUUUCUGAUAUUCAUGUUGCUGUUUUCAAGUUCCAACAUGAAUGUUGUUGGUUGAAAGGUGUUGGCCUCUUCACAAUCAUUGCUGGUGUGAGUUUACUCGGUCGGUACAAGUAAUCAAUUUCAAGAAAAGCCAAGAAAUCCCCCUCGCUUCCCCUUUUAGGAUUUAAACUAGAACUCAAAUUCUAAUAUGUGGCGAAGCAUAUUUUCUACUCAAGCAAAUUUUAACUCAUGGAUGCACUUUUGAGAAAUACCUACGAAAGAAACUCCUUCACCAUUUCAUAGUGGCAUUAGAGCUUGCGUAUUACAUCACAUGGUGAAACAUGAAAGGCGAGGUAGGUACUUGCCAAGUUCUCAGGUUUUGUGGUGAGAUUAUAUUUUUCCUAGAGAAUUAAUAUUCUUGUAUUUUCCCAAUUUGUUGUGUACUCAGUUGUAUGCAUAAACUUAAGUGUUGUAAUCUCUAUUUUCCUUAUAGUGGAUUGAUCGGGUUUGUCCCGUGGUUUUUUCCUCUAUAUUAGAGGGUUUUUCACGUAAAACUUGGUGUGUAUUUUGAGAUU